AUGUCUGCCUCCAAUUUCAAUAUUGCUUCUCCCUCCAAGAAGCCUACGAUCGUCGGCCUAUACGGCCUUCCUGGUAGUGGCAAAUCUUACGUCCUGCGUCAUCUCAAGACAUACUUCGGUGUUGGAAAUCGGUUCCAGUAUUAUGAGGGGUCCGAGGUCAUUGGGAACAUCGUCGACGGAGGUCUGGACGCAUUCAAGCGACUCGACAACGAUGCGAAAACCCGACAACGAGAGCGAGCCAUUCAAUUCAUUGCCGAUGAAUGUACUGCUACUGGGCGUAUUGGCAUAGUCACCGGCCGUUAUUCAUUCUGGAACGACAAGCAUCCCUCCCAUGACGUUGUGUGGACCGAAGCUGACAUGCGGGUCUACACCCACAUACUCCACCUGGACAUGCCCGCUAUCAGUCUAUGGGAUCAACGAACUUACGAUGAACGUCGAACGCGCCCUGAACUACAACCUAAUCACCUGGCACAGUGGAGGAACUCCGAAACGGCCGCUCUAUCCCGUCUCUCUCGUCUGAAUGGCAUGCAGUUCAUGCCGCUGUAUCUCCGGGGGCCUCAUUCUUAUGAUGGCAUUCAACACAUGCUGCGCAACAUUGAGACGCAAGACGAAGAGAACCUGCGUCGUGUAAGAAGCGAGACUGAUCGAUUGCUUUUUUCGGGCCCAGGCCGCGAUCUGUUGGAUACGGUGUUGGUAUUAGACGCGGAUCGAACGCUGUGCGCAGCGGACACGGGCUCGAUGUUCUGGGAGAGGCUCAAGGCAACUUCGCAGAGGCGAUACCCUGACCGUGUGUGGGAUGGUCCAGAGAGCUUUGGAAAUCAUUGGCUCUGGGACGACCUCAUAUGUCCCCUGAAGAGGCUAUUCAGCGAAAACAACGACUACUCCCUUGCUUCAUUUCACCGGGCCAUGUCUUUGUAUGAGUACGUCGAUAGCGCCUUUGACGAAGUAUGCGAGGAAGUCGCCGCUGCUGUCUCGCUAUAUCCGGAGUUCAUGGCCCUUAUUCACGCCGUCAAGCGCCAUCGCGGCGUUGGCAUCGUCAUCGCAACGUGUGGCCUUCGUCGAGUCUGGAAACUAAUAUUGGAGAGAGAGGACCUCGAUGGUGACAUUAAGAUCAUUGGCGGGGGUAGCUUCGAGGAUGGUUACGUUGUUACUCCUGAGGCCAAGGCCGUUAUUGUCUCCCAUCUGCAAAAUAAAGGUGUGUCUGUCUGGGCUUUCGGAGACAGUCCGAUGGACUUGCCCAUGCUCAAGAGGGCCAACCAAGCUAUCGUCGUCGUCGGCGAAGAGCGUUUCAGAAGCAAGACCAUGGACGCUGAGUUGACCAAGGCCAUUACUGGCGACGAGAACUUCCGUCCAAGACAGGCUUUGGUCCCGAAUCAUUCUUCACCCCGCCUCACUCCAGAGCAUUUACCGAUUGUCGACAUCUCUGGCCAACCUUUCGUAGAAUCUUUCCUGUAUCGCUACGCCAACCUCCGAGUUCUGCACGCCACGAACAAAAGUGCAGCCAAACUUCUCAUGACUGCGACACGCGACGCGUCUGUGGCCGGUCAUAGUCUCAGAGCGGCCCAUGGGCAAGUUGGGCGGGCUACAAUACCGAUGGUCACCGUCUUGUUGACGAGAGCCGAACAGCCAUCGUUGCUCUCAUGCGCGGUGGUGAGCCAAAUGGCCCUUGGUGUCAACGAGGUGUUCCCCAAUGCCAUCUUUAUCCACGCCAACCGUGCCACCGAGCUCACGAAGGAGAAUCUUGUGGGAGUGAAAACGCUGCUCUUGCUUGAUUCGGUGGUCAACAGCGGCAAGUCAGUUAAGGGGUUCGUCGACCGUGUUCGGAGGUUGAAGCUGGAGAUCCGCAUUGUCAUUGUGGUUCAGGCCAAGGCCAUCUCGGAUGUCUUGGAGUCACUUGCCUGUAAAGGAGACCUCAGUCUCGUCUCACUUCGGUUGUCGGAGAACAAGUUCACUGGAAGCGGUGGUACGGAUACUGGUAACCGGCUUUUCAACACUGUACAUCUGGAUUGA